CAGAUAAAUACAACAAAUCCUCUCUUAUUUGGUCAAAGUCAGCGGAAAAGAAUGGCGUUGUCGUUCUUCACCCCGCCGCCUAUCUUCUGCCGGCUCACUGCCGCCACGGCCACCAGCAGGUCCAGCCACGGCAAUUGCACCCACGCCCUCGAGGCCAACUUCGUCCGCCUCGCCGCCGAUUUGUCCGACAAGUCUGCCGGCCUCACCUCCCCUCACCCCUAUUUUGGCUGCGUGAUCGCCACACCUAGCGGCAAUGUGGUCGGGGAGGGUUACUUGUACGCCCAGGGCACGAAGUCGGCGGAGGUUCAGGCCGUCGAGGCUGCCGGCAUUGACGUCUGCAGGGGCGCCACCGCUUACCUCAACAUGGAGCCCGGCGACUGCCACGGCGAUCACACUGCCGUCUCCGCUCUCGUCCAGGCAGGAAUUGCAAGAGUGGUAGUCGGGAUGAGGCACCCGCUUCAGCAUCUUCGUGGAAAUGCGGUGCUUGCAUUGAGAAGCCAAGGAGUUCGGGUUGAUGUUCUUGGAGAGGAUCUCCUGAGUAAAGCUGUUGAGGAAGCGCAGAGGUCGUGUCGCCUGGUUAAUGCUCAUUUGAUAUAUAGAGCAGCUUCUCAGGUCCCGUUUUCUGUUCUGAAGUAUGCCAUUACCCUUGAUGGCAAAAUUGCUGCCAGUAGCGGACAUGCUGAAUGGAUAAGCAGCAAAAUAUCUAGACAUCGAGUCUCUGAACUGCGCAGACGUUGUGAUGCAGUUAUUGUGGGAGGAAACACCGUACGUAGAGACAAUCCACGGUUAACUGCGAGGCAUGGAGGUGGGCACAUGCCCAUGAGGAUCGUGAUGUCACAGACUCUCAAUCUUCCACAGGAAGCAAACCUCUGGGACAUCUCUGAAGUGCCUACAAUAGUGGUGACCCAGAAGGGUGCUAGGAGGAGUUUCCAGAAACAUUUAGCUUCCAAAGGUGUUGAGGUUGUGGAGUUUGAUUUUUUAAAUCCCCGGGAUGUCAUGGAAUAUUUCUACGACCGUGGGUACCUUGCCAUUUUAUGGGAGUGUGGAGGAACGCUGGCUGCAUCUGCUAUUUCGUCAGGUGUAAUUCACAAGGUAUAUGCAUUUGUUGCUCCUAAAAUUAUCGGUGGAAGGAAUGCACCAUCUCCUGUGGGCGAACUUGGGAUGGUGGAGAUGUCACAAGCCCUAGAUCUGAUUGACGUUUCCUAUGAACAGGUUGGACCCGACAUGCUUGUCAGUGGGUUUCUUCAGCCAAUUCCAGACCUUACACCUGUCAUGCCAUCAAUAGACGAGACUUCUGCAAUCGACCACACCAUCACUCCAUGUGAACCAAAUGUCAUAUUCUUCUACAAAGCAUGGGAUCCUUAUGGGGCUUUCUCUAACUUCUCUCCUCAUCCUAUUCGAAUGCUUGAUGAGAAUGGUGACUAUGCCACUUGGUCGAGUGUGGAGCACUUCUAUCAGGCACACAAAUUUGUUGGAGUUGAUAAUCCUCGGGCCCAAGCAUAUGUUGAAGAGAUAAGAUCCGCAAAAAGUCCAGAGGAGGCAGCUAGGUUGGGGAGGCUUGUGCAGAGGCGGCAUCCUGAUCUUGUGAGAACCAAUUGGGAGAGUAUAAGGAUCAAUGUGAUGUAUCGAGCUUUAAAGUGCAAAUUCUCAGUAUACCCUCAUCUGAAUUCCAUGCUGCUAUCCACUGUGGGGUCUGUUCUCGUUAAAGCUUCGCCACACGACCUCUUCUGGGGCAGAGGAAGGGAAGGGGAAGGCCUGAACUAUCUCGGCAGGCUGCUGAUGCGGUUGAGGUCCGAGUUUCUCGGAGAGCACUCCUGCUCUAGCGAGAGCGAGUCUUAUCCACAUGAUAUACGGAACACUCAAUAGGGUAAUCUAUACUCGGUAAUUUCUGGUCAGUUCAUCGACUGUGUACAGUAAUAUGAUCUGAAUUUUUCCUGUAACAUGGAUAAUUAAUAAUUUCCUGGCGCAAUCCACGGGAGUUUUCCCUGGAGUAAAGGCGUGUUCUGUCUUGCAGCAGUCUUAAAUGGCUGUGGGAAUGAUAAUGGCAUUGUUUUUAUUUGUCUCAAACUUGCUCCAGAAUGUAUAAUGUGAAGGCAUUAGUGGGGUUUGCGGUGCUUUCAUGAUCAUGAGUAAGAAUGAAGAUUGAGAUCCA